CCGCUAUUUGAGUAUACUGCAGAAUCUGUAAACCCAUGCCAUUUUGUCGUGGAAGAUAAAACACAAUAGGGUUUUACAUACAGUGAGUCACAAGUAAUACUUUGAUCAUGCUGAAUAGAAACCGAAAGAAGAAUGCUCCAAACUCAAUGAAGAGCUCGGUCGCAGACAUGUUAUACGGGAAAUAAGCUGGUAUUCGCAUGUGUGUGCAAAGCGUGUGUUCAAGAAUAUAAUACACCUGAUUUUCACCAUUUCUGUUUCCUUUACCGAUAUACAUGUAUGACUCUUGGCCUGGGAGACCAUACACGAUUAUUAUGUUUGAAGAAAUAUGCUUUCAGCCUACUCUUUUUGAGGAAAUACUAUGAAGAUGCUAUAAGAAGUCGCAAAAAUGGAACUUCUGUGAAUUUGCUACUGCAUUCGUCUCAAAAAGGGUUUACUAAAAAAAAAACCUCUUCGAAUGGAGUUUCCCUUGUAUCCUUGUAUUAAACGAGGGAUUUCUCGAUGGCAGGUACUAUGAUGAAAUUUUUGAGAACAAAUGGUCCCUACAGUCCCGGGAAUAAAUCAGUAUCCUCGACCGGGAACGGGAAUGAACUAUCGGGAACACCCGAAACAAGACAAAGACGUGAUCGACGUAUUCCACCUCCUCUACAACUUGUUGAUCAGGCAGAUGGAGACCAUUCACAGAAUGCACUUAAUUGGACUAGAACUCCUGAUCGACGCUUCUCAUCAAGAAGGAUUGCUGACUCUGCUUCCAUCUUUGAUUUCUACCAUGCAUACCUAACAGAAGAACAGGAAGAAGAGGCAUUCAAACACCACCUUUUCAAAACUGGUUCAUAUCUUAUGAGAGAUAGCAAGAGCAACCCACAGGCCGUCACCAUGUCAGUUGUGAUCGACCCGCUUCAUUUGUAUCACUUCCAAGUAGUUCAGUCUACUAACAGUUUCAAUGUGGUUGGUACAGGCAAUCAGUUUACAAACCUAGAAGAAAUGAUCGAUUAUUACAAGCAGAAUAACAUUCCUGGAAAGACAGACAGUCCUGUCUUUCUUAAGUACCCUGUUCUAUGUAAUAGGUGUGGUAUCCUUUCUGCGCCAUCAUCAGCACCUCCUACAACAUCUACAGUACGUAAGAAUGGCCCAACUACACCCGUUUUUACUACAAUUGAACGACCACGCAGACGCCUGGGCAAGAAUAAUCGUCGGGCGAAUUCUGUCGAUGAGAUACCACAAGGAGAUUCACCACAGACAAAGACAAAGACCUUUGUGAGAAUAUCGCAAUCGCAACAGAAGGAGCAGAACCACACGAGGCCAAAUCAACCCAAGCUUCCACCAAUUCCUGAACCAGAAAUUCAAAGACGUCCCGAACUAUACGAGAAUUCUCAAGAUAAUGACGAUGAUGAUGAAAAUGGGGUAGUAGAUGGGGCAAUGGGUGGUGUAAUGGGUAGAGCAAUUGGUGUGGCAGAAUCUGCAUCAGCUUCUACAAAUGAGAUCGACUCCCGUCCUCCAAUGCCGAUUCCUAGACCUGGCUCGGAGUACAGUCGAGGUCACGAUUAUUCUGAAGCAGAUCACCCAGACUUGGAUAGAAUCAAGAUGGUUCUAGAGCUCUGUAGGCAAUCAGACCUUAUCCAUGCCAGUCGUAAGAAGUGCACAUGUGGAUUAUAUUUAGAAGAGUCCAUUCUUGUACAGGGGUGGAUGAUGCAUGUAGAUAAUGAACCAGGUAAGACCCAAGGUCGUAUCUUCUUUUUGGACACAAAAACGAAUACCACCACAUGGUCAUUACCAGAAGAUAUUAAAAACGAACUGAAGAGUCAAUGUCCUGUUAAAUGGCAGUUUGUCACGAAGCAGCUGGCUGAGUCAAAACAAAAGUCAAACCCUGUCAAAAUUUAAUCUUAUACUCUAACAUAAUUUUUGGUCAUUUGAUUCUCUUUUUUAGAGUGAAAAUCUUUCUAAAAGGCUUUAAACUCACAUUAACUUCGAAACAAUAAAACAAAUACAUUGGUAUGCGGCACAUCCAAAUUAGUAAAUUUCUAUUAUUUCCUAUAUACUAGUUUAUCGAUCAUUUACGAUAUAAUUCCUUUAUUCGAUUUCUUUACCGUAUCAUCCAAUGUUUUCUUUCUCUUAACAUCUGUGUGGUCGAAAAAAAUGAAAAAGACACAGGAUUACAUGAUGUUUAUUUAAAUCCUGACAUGUAUAUGAAAUGUCUUUAUUUUAUGUAUUUCUGCCAUUAUGAUUACACCAAAAAAUAAGAGAAAUUAUUGUUGUAUAUAUUAUUCUGCGCUGGUCGCAUUUCAAAGUAUUCAAAGCAUUAUGCAAAAGCUCGUAUAACCAUUAAAAACAUGUCAUAUAGCACUUUGUCUCAACAAAAUUUUAGCUAAGGCCUUUUACUGAAGUUUCAAUUUCUUGUAGAUAAAUAUUCAAUUAUACUAAAGAUGAGCCAGGUUUUAAGUUUUAAAGAUUUAACAUAGUAUUUUAUAUACAGUAUUUAUUUUUGAAAUAUAUGAUUAUUUUGGUCACGUAAUUUGGGAAAGAAAUCAUGAAAUGACUGUUCGUAAAUUACAAUGACAAAAGUUAAUUUGAUUAACGAAUUAAUUUCAAGUGAAUAGUACCAUAAUGGUACAUACAAAAUGUUCUGUUCAACACACGUGGUCAAUAAUGUAAAAUAAGGAUUAAAAAAAUAAUUUAUGCAUAUAAAUAAUAACCCUUAAUUGUACAAACUCGGUAAUUGCGCUGGUCGCAUGUGUGUAUACAUAUACAAUAUAAUAGAAUAUAUAUACUUAAAAAUCAUUUUAGCUUAUUUCUGUACUCCCUUUUUUAUACCGAUUAUUAUCUUUGUUUGCGUAUGUACAUAUUCCUGAAUACCUCAGACAAACGGGCCUAUAUCCUCCUAUUUAGUAUGAUUUUGUUUGAUUUCAUUUUAUUGAUUAUUACUUUUGAAUUAAUACUUGUAAAUAGCAUUUGUGUUUUGUAUUAAGUGAGUUAAACACAAAACGGAAAGUGGGAUUUACAUCCUUUAAUUUCUACGGGAUGUCAAUCAACCAAAUUCUCUCAAUGAAGUAUUAGACACGAUUGCGGUCACAUCAACAAAUACCGAUUUUAAACCGAAUUUGAAAAUAGUUAAGAUCUUUCUGCAUGUAGUCGUUCUGUUGGUGUGACAGCAAUCUGAAUCAGUAAUCUACGGUCGAUGCCGCAAAGUUUCGAAUGAUAGCACCAGGCAGUAGAAGUAUAGAUUAUUGAUUUGAACUCAGACUACAUAAUAAAGGGACGGUAAGUAUAUAUACAAGAACACAUCACUUUCAUAUAGCAUAUUAUGUAACGUGAAGAGUGUACAUUUGCACCUUUAGCAGUGCAGAUGGGCAUUAGCUAUUAAAACAGUUCCAAAAAUUGCCUUUUUGUACCUUUCCAUGUAGGUUUGCACACUAAAGUUGUUGUUAUAUUAUUUUCUUUAUGGUGCAAAAUUGCCACUUCUCUGUUCGUGAAGAGUGGUUAUUUUCAAAAUGAUGAUUAGCAUGCAUGUGCCUACAUGAAAUUUCAGUUUACAUUCAUGUUUUAUAUCAAUAAAUGGCUAGAUGUACAAGGUU